CGUGUCGUGUACUACAUAUUUUUUGAAGAAACUAGCAACUUUUCCCACGUCAUACUUUGUAUUUAAGUAUCAUAAAGUUUGACUUUUAAUUACAAUUAUAAAUAGGGUGAAACUAAAAUUGUCAUUAUUUUCAAAGGAUUAAAUAACUAAAAAUGCUAAUAAAUCACCAGCUAAGGAUAUUUUUCACCGAGAAAUUUGCAUGUGUUUUAUUGUUAAAUAAAAAAGAGUAAAUAAUAAAUAGAGACAGCACAAAAUAAAUAUGUUUAUUUUCGAGUUCAUGUUCGUUAAUAUUACCUAUGCGCGCUGCAAUAUUUAGUACACUAAUAUAGUACAAUAUACCACCUACGAACUUGCUUACAUGAACAUUUGGGCAUUCGGUGUUUCGAAAUCUGUGACGCUUAUCGCUCGGGGUAAUUAAAUGUCAAUAAACGUAUACUUAACGAUCGAAAAAUCAUGUUUUCCAGCUCCCUUGAGCCUGAAAGCUCGUAUACCCACGAAUUAACUGCAAUCGUGUUAAAUAAAUUUCAAGCUGUAAAUUGUGUCUAUAAAUUGUUAACCUAAAUAAUAAUAGGUAAAGUUUUUUUAAAAUUAAGGUGUGAGUGUAGAACGUUACUAAAAAAUCAUUACCGCAUAAAAGAUAUUCGAGAUCGCAUCAUCGUCACCGUUGUGUCAAUCGUUUGGAAAAAUAGUAUGAUCUGGAACAAUUAUUUACUUAAUAAGUAGUUCAUGCUGAGACAAGAGAGCUGUUAUCGUCGACAAAUAAUAGUUGUUAUCUCUGACAGAAGGUGAAGAACAAUCAAGCUUGACCAUGGCCUUGAAGAGAGGUCGCAACAAAAAUUUAAAGAUCCAGGUGUCUGAAGAAGCACCUGCACCAGUAAUUCCUCCAAGAAACUUGGAUAAAAGGACAACAAUUACCAUAGUAGAUAAGACUUUUGAGGUUGAUGCCGAUGAUCUGGAAAUGCUGUGCAACCUUGGACGGGGAGCUUAUGGGGUUGUUGACAAAAUGAAACACAAACAAAGUGGCACUAUUAUGGCUGUCAAAAGGAUAACAGUCAGUGUCAAUAGUCAAGAACAAAAAAGACUUUUGAUGGACUUGGAUAUUUCGAUGCGCAGUUCUGAUUGUCCUUAUACCGUACAGUUUUACGGUGCUCUUUUUAGAGAAGGCGAUGUUUGGAUUUGCAUGGAAGUCAUGGAUAUGAGUCUCGAUAAAUUUUAUACAAAAGUAUAUAAACAUGGUCGCUCUAUUCCUGAAGAUGUAUUAGGAAAAAUAGCUUUUAAAGUGGUCAGUGCUCUGCACUACUUGUACUCGCAAUUAAGAGUCAUACACAGAGAUGUAAAGCCUAGUAAUAUAUUAAUUAAUAGACAAGGAGAAGUAAAGAUCUGUGAUUUUGGAAUAUCUGGUUAUUUAGUUGAUUCUGUAGCUAAGACUAUUGAUGCCGGUUGCAAGCCAUAUAUGGCGCCAGAAAGAAUAGAUCCAACAGGGAACCCUUCACAGUAUGAUAUAAGGUCCGAUGUUUGGUCUCUAGGAAUAUCACUUUUAGAAUUGGCUACAGGAAAGUUUCCUUACGAGUCGUGGAGAACACCAUUUGAACAGUUAAAGCAAGUGGUAAAAGAUGACGCCCCAAAGUUACCACCGAAUACAUUUUCUGCUGAAUUUGAGGAACUUAUCACCAAUUGCUUGAUGAAAGAUUACACACGACGGCCUAAUUACAAUCAAUUGCUGGAAAUGAAUUUUAUAACGAAGCACGCUAAAAAAGAAACGAAUGUCGCAGCUUUCGUUGAAGAAAUCAUAGAUUUACCGGACGCUGCGAAGUAAAUUUUUUCUAUCUUUAAUUAAUUUUUUGAACACUGCCGUAAUUACACACCAAACAUUUUUGAAUCAAUGGCCACAUGUGAAUAUUUAUGAUAAACAAGCAUAGCUUUAUUAACAAAUCCAACCACGUGAGAGAUUUAUUGAUCCCAUUAAUGCCAUAAUAUAUUAUACAAAGUCAGAAACCAGUUUUAUGUCGUGUAGUACAGAUAACACACACACACACAAUCCAAGAUUUAUGUAAAAGCAAUUUAUAUUUAAUA